AUGAACAACACCAGCCUCAUCUCCUGGGCCGUCCCCAGGCUGAGCCAAAUUCUCCCGCUGGACGAGGAGUCGCUCACGCAGAUCAUCACCUACGCCGCCAGCCUCUCCAAAGAAGAAGGCGCCGAACACCUCAAAAACCUUCUGGGCGACUCUCCCGCCGCUUUCGAAUUCAUUGCUGCUUUUAGCUCGCGACGAGAACCACCCUCACGAUCUAACGCACCAUCAUCAGCUUCGAGCGGCGAUUCCACAACUAGAAACAAUUAUUCGGGAACGCAGUCGAAGAGGGGCAAGAAGUCGAAGCCCCCACUACACAGCGCCGGACCUGUUCGUCGACCAGACAAUUUUGGAAACGUGACGGGUGGAUACAGAAAGGAGGACCAGGAUGAGGACUACAUGCCCGUUUCGUCCAGCCGGAGACAAGAUGGGAGCGCGAGGAAAGAAGGCACACUGGAUACCGGUCUAUCCCCAUCACCGUUGAUCUCUUCCCGUGAAGCAUCCGCCACUUCUUCGCGAAACCAAUCGCCAGCCCCGAGACCAACACCGGCUAAAAACCCGCCUUCUGCCUCUGGCCCUGUGAUCUCGGAUCUCUUGCCGAAUGUCAAGUCGAAGGCGGCCAAGUCUGCCUCUCGAGCUGGUGGAAGCAGUACAGGGACCGGUUCAUCGUCCAAGGGAUCGCUGACUACAAAUAAUAUAAGUGAUCUGACGGCUGCCAUUGCCGCUUUGGAGGUAUCUACGAAUCCGACGCUGAGCGGUGGCGCACGCAAAUGCACAUGCAAUGCUAGUAUCCAUCCUCUCUUUGACCCUGCGCCGAAUUGUCUUAACUGCGGAAAGAUCAUUUGCUCGCUGGAAGGACUACAGCCGUGUUCGUUCUGCAAAACGCCUCUCCUGUCGAACGACGAGAUUCAGAGCAUGAUACGAGAGUUGCGGGCGGAGCGCGGACAGGAGAAGAUGCGCGCACACAAUGAGAGUGUACAUCGGGAGGGUGGUCCUGGGAUGAUCUCAGGAACUCCCAGUAAACUGGACGCUGCCAAGGCGCAUCGAGACAAGUUGCUUGCGUUUCAGGCGCAGAACGCCAAGCGGACACGUGUGGUCGACGAGGCGGCUGAUUUUGAGACUCCGAACGUAGCAUCUACGCUGUGGAUGACACCCGCGCAGCGAGCACUGGCGCUUAAGAAACAGCAGCGGAUCAUGCGAGAGAUGGAGGAAAAGGCACGGCCAGAAUGGGAGAAGAAAAAGACCAUAAUGAGUCUGGACAUCAAGGGAGGAAAGGUGAGGAAGGUCUACCAAUCGGCUGGGCCUGCGGAGACGGGCCCCUCCGCGGAGGAGGAAGCUGAAGCAAAGGCAGAGGAGGAGCUCGGGGAUGGAGAGACCAGAGAAAGCAGCGGUAAAGCGUUCAGCCACAAUCCUCUUCUUGCAGCUGGAGGGCUGUUGCGACCGGUAUGGAAGUCUGCAGACGGGGAGCAAGCGGACACGGCACGCAAAGAGCGAAAACAGACCUGGCGGAGAGUGCAGGACGAUAAUGAUGAUAACGAGCAAUGGAUCCUCGAUGGCGGUCUCCACGGUUACACAUGA